AUCUGGAUCUAGUCUACGGAGUACCUACCUGUUCAGCAAUUUGAUGCCUUAUGCACGAUUGGCGACUUUGAAGAAUCCCCCACUCCGACCAACGACAUACGAAUAAACGUCACUUGCUGAAAGCAUCUUGAAGGAAGCAGCAUUUGAGAUCUGGAGGCGGCCCUCUGCGGUGCAAUUCAGACGAUAUUACACAUCUACCGCGUACUUCUAUCUAAACUCUCUGCACUCGGCCCAUCUGAAUAACGGCCAGGUCUUCCAUCAGAAACGCAAACAUGGCCGGUGAGAUGGAUCUGGAUGACACAGAUCUCUGGACGUCGCCAGUAAAAUACGAUCCCGAUGAGCCUCGUCCGAAAACACCAAAGACUCCCAGAACCCCGCGAACCCCAAAGACGCCAACGGGAAACGACCACCAAACCGAUCCGGUCGACCGAGAUGCAAUGCUAAAGAGGGAGCUGGAUGGUGUACGAAAGAUCAAUGAAGUGAUUGAAGGCGUUAUAGGUACUCUGCAGCGGGCAGGCGGAAACAUGGAGUCCGUCUCUAAAACCGUUUCGAAUGCUUCCUCGCUUCUCAACACCUGGACUCGCAUCCUAUCACAGACAGAACACAACCAACGCUUAAUCCUCGAUCCGACAUGGAAAGGCGCAACCAACGAUUUGGCGGAGAUAGAAGCAGAAGCACUGCGAAAACAACAGGCUGAGGCGCGCAAAGCGGCCGAGGAAGAGGAGCGGAGAGAAGAGGUCCGGCGACGGCGGGAAGAAGACGAACAGAGAAGAAAAUUGCCUGCGUCAGCUUCUGCCCGAGGGGCUCGUGGGGCUCCUUCUGGCCUUCGCGGAGCUCGUGGAGCUCGUGGUCGAACAAGGAUAGCCACAGGCUCAUCGAGGAUCGCCACCCGCUCAAGGUAUUCCUCAAGCAACAGCGCCUCAGCUUCCUCAAGUAGUCGUGGUACGUCUGGCAUUGGGAGAGGGCUUGCGACGACUAGGAGUCGUUACGGUAGAGCCAAAUAGUCAUGUAAGCUGGAUUCCGCACCCGGACUUUGGCCAUAUGCGGUCCUUUUUUGUUUCAUAACUCGAUACACCAUAGAUACCCAGAAAAGUGCAAGCUGUAAAAUGCUAUUUCUUCUGAAAGAAGUGACUUAGCUUCUUCAUACCGCUCGUGUUAACCUUUUUGAGGUCGCGGACUCCACGGCUUUCGCUUGCUUUCUUCUUCUUUUCCUCUUCCAGCUUCCGCUUCUUCUCCAUCCGAGCCUCGUCAUCUAGUUCAUCUUGGUUUC